CUGGCAAAGGGCUUAGCUAAAGCCUGGGACCUCUAUGGCUCAGAGAGGUGGGUGUCAAUUUAGAUAGUAUAUGCAUGAGGGUUUAGGUGUGUAAAUGCAUGAGGGUUUAGGUGUGUAAAUGCAUGAGGGUUUAGGUGUGUAAAUGCAUGAGGAUUUAGGUGUGUAAAUGCAUGAGGGUUUAGAUGUGUAAAUGCAGGAGGGUUUAGAUGUGUAAAUGCAGGAGGGUUUAGGUGUGUAAAUUCAUGAGUGUUUGUUUAGGUGUGUAAAUGCAUGAGGAUUUAGGUGUGUAAAUGCAUGAUUUGGGAUCUGUCAGUUUGUACAAUAAAUAAGAUACAGAUAGUUUCAGAUUCAUAACACUAUGAAAAGUAUUAACUUUGUUGGUUGUCUUUGUCGGUAACAGAACACAAGAUAUAUACAGUACGACUAGUGGGGUUUUAGUAGGGGUCAUUCGCUGUCAUUUAAGGGCGGUAGUCUUGUAUCUUGUUGAAGAGGACCAAAGAAACAUCUUCGACCAUUGUAUGUGGAGAAUGAGCUAUGGAAGAGGUAAGGCCUAGGUGCUUGGUCAAACACAUCAUUAUCAAUUGUGACACACCAUUAGAUUUUUAUCCUGUUGAUGAUGCUUGAUGAUAGUGCCUCCUACUGCCGCUUUCGUAGCCAUGGGAGACCAAUGUAUUUGGCUACCAUUGGUAUAUCAAAAUGGCGCAACAUAAAAUUAUUUCUGAUUGUGUUCAGAAAUAUUCCUGUAACACAAUGACAGUUUGAAGAUGUUUGUAAGAGUGGAUUCGUUGAUCAGGAUAAGAGACUGUUAGUGUAAGUAUUUUUAAAAAGUUUAUCUAGGUUAUUUGCGUGCACAAAAUAAAUGUUUUGAUUUUGCAAUAUCUGUUACUGAUAUGAAGGACAUUCUGUUGAAAAUAAUCUUGAUGCCUUUUUGGGUUUAAGCAUUUUUUGCCUUACAUUCAAUGUAAUACCAUUCUCAUUGUUGGUUUCAUUAAUUAUUUUUGCAGAGAUGGAUGGGAGGUUACUAUUGUAUAUUUCCACAAUGGAUACAUGUCACAGAACUACACAGAAAAGGUUUGAACACAAUCAUCUUCAUUUUUUUCUAUGUAUUCUCAGAGUCCUGGGGUUGUAAAAGCUGUCAAUGUGCAAAACUGAUGCAAUCAUUUCUUAUCAGGACAUUGUGUAUGAUUUUGUGUAGAAAUGGGAGGCUCGCCCCAUGAUGGAGCGCUCUCUGGCUGUGAAGUGUCCAGACAUCAGCACACACCUGGCCGGCACCAAGAAGGUCCAACAGGAACUGGCCAGACCUGGUGUUCUGGAGAGGUUCUUUCCUGGUGAACCUGACGUUGUGGACCAAAUCCGAGCCACCUUUGCUGGACUGUAUACAUUAGAUAUGGUAAGAACCAGAAAACCAGAGGGGUAUACUACAAAGCAAGCUAGAUCUACUCAGGGUUUUCUAAAGCUAACCGGCUUCAGUUAGCUUCACAUUCCAGCUCAGGCGUCAUCCGUACUACAACGGUGGAUAUUGCUUGCCACCUGCCGCUAACUCUAGCAGGCUUGUAACUGAGCAUGCAUGUCGCACGUGGCUAGUCAAACACCGAACUCUCCAUUGAGGCAAUGCCACGGCUCAGACACUUCAUUAAGGAUACAUGAAGUUAGCCCUGAGUUAGCCUGCCCUGAUCUGAAGGAUUAGUUUCUAUAGAAAUGUACCUGGCUAAAAGUUGAGCCACUUGCGUGGUACCUGUUAUCCUGAGUUGAACUCAGAGUUGACCAAAGUUACCUUGCAAACUUAGUAGUAUAGGGCUCUGGCUCAUUGACACUCGACAAUGUUUACACACAUUACCUCUUUCUUUACAAUGCCUUUAAAAGCAGUUUGCUUUUCUGCUUCAACUUUCUUAUUCAAUGUUACAAACAGGGACCAGAAGGUGACAAGACUAUGGUUAUGGCUUUGGCAAAACCAGACCAGUUUGUCCUGAAGCCACAGAGGGAAAGCGGGGGUAAGAGGACCUCAGCUCUUAACUUCACAUCUCUCUGACCUCUGAACUUGUCAUGCUCUGGCCUGUCUGCUGAUGUGUAGAAUUCCUAUCCUGUAGGCAACAACAUCUCUGGAGCCGAGAUCUGUCAGGUACUGGAGGCAGUGAAGCAGAGCACUGAGAGGAUGGCCUGUAUCCCGAUGGACGAGGUUCAGCCCAGCCCUGUACACAACUACCUCCUGAGGCAGAGGAUGCCACUCAAACUCAGCACCUGUCUAAGCGAGCUGGGCCUAUUUGGGGCCCACGUCAGGUACAGUCACAGACCCAUCUGUAUACAUUCCUUUCUUGACAACUUCACAUAAAUAGUAUCUCUAAAUUGAGUUGAAAUGAAGUAUACAGUAGUCUGAGGUAGUAUACAUUUUUCUGUUAAGUGAAGUUGUGGUGAUCACAAUGUACUCAUGCAGAUGAAUGAAGAUGACCUUUGUCUCCUAUCUGAAUGGUUGUGUGUGUCCUCGUUUUAUGAUUUCUGCAUCCACACAGGCAGGGGCAAGACAUGGUGCUGAAUGAAUGUGCUGGACAUCUACUGAGGACCAAGAGUGAUGAACACUCUGAUGGAGGCGUGGCUGCUGGAGUGGCAGUGCUAGACAACCCACUCCUCGUC